AUGUUCCGAUGGUACAAGGAAUCGUCUAUUUGUUACGUUUACCUUGCGGACGUUUCAGGUCAUAACGGUGAAGUAGACCUGGAUCAAUUCCACAGGAGCCGUUGGUUUACACGAGGGUGGACCCUGCAGGAGCUCUUAGCUCCUAGAAGCCUUAGAUUCUACGACUGCGAUUGGUGUUCGUUAGGAGAGAAGUACGAACUGGCUGGUGCUAUCGGAAGCAUUACAGGUAUCCCACACGGGAUUCUCCUUGGUUUCGAUGAUGUGAGCAAUGCUAGCGUCGCACAGCGAAUGUCUUGGGCAGCCAAAAGAGUCACAAAGAGAAAGGAAGACUUGGCAUAUUGUCUCCUGGGGAUCUUUGAUGUUAUGAUGCCAAUGAUAUAUGGGGAAGAGGACCAUGCAUUCAUUCGACUCCAGGAAGAAAUCAUCAAGAAAACUGCGGAUGAUUCAAUUCUCGCGUGGGGUAUUAGCCCUGGCUCCAACGACGGCGUUGAACCCGAAAAUACCGACAUCCAUCUUUUUGGGAACGCUCUAGCUAUUAGCCCUGCCGCUUUCAUGCACAGUGGCAACAUAGUGGCGGUGGGGAAUGGGGACUCUACCAUAGAGGGACUAGAGACCGCGAGAGGUUGCUUGCCGUUGCGUCUCCGUCUCAGCAACACCGAGACUGGACAUGCUGUCGGGUUUCUCAACUGUCAAUCCAUGAACCACAAUGGCGCAGUGGUGGGAAUUCCUCUGUUUUGCAUUACGCCUGGCGCAGUGCCACGGGAAUACAUACGACCGGCGGGGACAAAAGCAGUCCUGCGUGUACCUCCGACAGAGGCAGAUUCGGCACCCAGACCUAUUCGACUUCGCGCUUUGCUGCCAAGCAACAAAGCGGCACUGAGUUACUGCAAAUACGGCUUCCACAUAAACCAAUGGUCUGAGCUCCUUGAAGUUGGCUUGAGUAUCGUCGAUACCUAUUCCGAUGGACAAUGGAACGAAGACCGAGCGGUCGUUAGCACCGUCGUGGAUAUGCGGCACAAUGCUGCUCGGCGGUUUUGGUGGAAGGUUCGCCAAGACACGGGAGUAUUUAAAGACUUUGUAAUUGCUCUCGAACUUGGCGUCAAGCAGAUGGAAGUGCACGCAAGUUGCCAUCUGAUGGUUGCGUCUAGAGACACGGCUCUGGACAUAAUUGCUCGAACAACAACCGAUUCAGAUGGCUUUCUGGGCAGCAAGGUUGCAAGCAACAACUCCUUGACGUUGGAAAUCAAGCUCUCCCAGGACUUGCCCGGUUCCAAACUCUACAUGGUUACAUCGGGAGCAUCGGCCAAACCACCACAACCGAUGGACAUCGUGGUGGACGCAGAUCAGGAGCUGAAGAUACUUGCACACACAAACUCGCUUUUGACACUAUUUGCAAAGAGUUGGCCGAUCAGCUUGAAGUUAUCGGAGUUCAAGAAACCACUGGAGGGCAAAGAGCGAGCUCAAGAUGCACUCUUCCUCGAUCUCCUAGGAGAAAAAGAGGCAAUCCAGUCCCAAAUUUCCCUGGAAUCUCAAUCGGUCCAAGAGUUAAUGGCGCACUCUGAGAGCAGACAGAGACAAUGGCAUCGCUCGAUGUUGAUCAGUCUUUGUAGAGAUUUUCAGCCAAGCGACAUUCCUUCGACUGACAAUAUUUCUAAGAUCGUACGAAGAGCGUUCAGACUUGCAGUUACUGGGGGACACAGUGCUGCCAUGGAAUACCUCUGGGCAUAUCCCGAAGUUGACAACACUAUCGAAGAUUCCAAGGGGCGAGGUGCUCUAUCCCUUGCAGUUGCUGCAGACAACAUUCCAGUGAUUGAAUUCCUCAUAUCUAAGGGAUUUUCUGUGAAUCGCUCGGACAGUUGUGGACAGUCUCCACUGGCAACAGCGGCCCAGCUAGGGCACCAUGCGGCUCUUCUAAUGUUAUUGAAGAAAGAGACAUCCAUCAGUUUUCAAACCAGAGACGGCCAGAAUCUUCUGGAUGUGGCAGUGAAGUCAAAUCACCAUGAAGUUGUCCUCGCAUUGUUGGAAAAGGGAGCAAAUGUGAGAGGCAGGUUUCAAAAUCAGUCUAAAUCGCGCCUCACAACUCAGAAUGAGCCUCCACUAGCUGUGGCUGCUCGUAUGGGCUUUGUUGGUAUUGUUGAAUGCUUACUCGAUCAUGGAGCCAAUGUCAACGAGAAAGGCUUGCCUUGUCUCCCAAACAAAGUCGGUUUUCGAGCCGACUGCCCAGUGUUGGCCAUUGCUGCCUACAUGGGUCACUACGACAUUGUGGACCGGUUAUUAAGCCGAGGGGCUGACAUCAAUGCAGCCGAUGGAAGUCGCCGAACGCCGCUACUGUUGGCUUCGAGGAAUGGCCACGACCAGAUUGUCCAACUGCUCCUCAGGCAAGGCGCUGAGACUGAGUUGUCGGACGUAAUACAUGGCAGGACGCCGAUAGCGUGUGCUACCACGUACAGCCAUCAUAGGGCAGUCAGUUUGCUUCUAGAGAAAGGCGCAAAUAUUGAAGCCAAGGACUUCGAAAAUCGAACAGCAAUAUCUCACGCCAUUCACGCAAGGUCAGAUGAGAUCCUAGAGUUGCUUCUCAGCUGGGGUGCCGACACCAAUGUGGCGCACAGCGGAGAAACCCCCCUGUUUUACGCAAUACGACAGACAAAUGUGGAGGCAGUUGAUCUUCUCCUCAGACAUGGAGCCAGGAUCUCGACAAAAAAUAAAUUUGGCAAAUUUCCAUUGCAAUAUGCCCGAGACCAAAAUGAAAAUGGCAUGGAACAGGAUCAAAUGCUUAGGAUGAAGCACGAGGAAAUCAUUCGGAGACUCGAGACUGCCACCAUCGAACACAACCAACACGUUGGGAUGGAAACUGAGCCAACACUCAAAUCUAGAGCGCGGAAAUCACUGGUACAGUUGAUGGGAAGAUGA